AGAAAAGUCUUAUAUUAUAUUUUACUACUCAAAUAAACGUGUGAGGGAGAAGAAGCGAGCUCCUGUUGCCACUUGGUGCAUGUUUAUAGCUUCAAGAUUGGAGGGAUACAAACAUUACAAAUGUUUUGUGUAGUUUGAUGCCCUUGGGCGGUGGGGUGCUACUUGGUUAAAAAAAGAUCAAGCAAGACACACAGUCACACACACUUUCACCAGCACCUAAUUCUCACUACCCACAACUCCUACCGAAUAACCACUGUUCAUUUGAGUUACGUUUCUCUUAAAGCUUCAAUCUUUAUCUAUCUUUUGCUCAUUUCUUGAAGAAUCUUGAAGUGGGUAUUCUGUUUUCUCUUCUGGGUCAUCUUCAAUUCAAAUCUUUUUCCUCUGUUUUGCUCAUUUCUUCAAGAAUCUUGAAGUGGGUAUACUGUUUUCUCAUCUGGGUCAUCUUCAAUUCACAUCUUUUUCCUCUGUUUUACUCAUGUCUUGAAGAAUCUUGAACUGGGUAUAUUGUUUUGUCAUCUGGGUCAUCUUCAAAUCAAAUCUUUUUCCUCUGUUUUACUCAUGUCUUGAAGAAUCUUGAACUGGGUAUAUUGUUUUGUCAUCUGGGUCAUCUUCAAAUCAAAUCUUUUUCCUCUGUUUUGCUCAUUUCUUCAAGAAUCUUGAAGUGGGUCUACUGUUUUCUCAUCUGGGUCAUCUUCAAUUUUAUCCAUAUCGACAUGAAAACAGCUCUUUUGAGGUUCUAAGUGAUGGAUAUUGAAGGAAGAAAGCAGAAUUCUCAUCCAAUCAAGAAAGAAUCAUGGAGGGAAGUGAUGACUUUAGCUUAUCAAAGUUUAGGGGUUGUUUAUGGUGAUUUAAGCACCUCCCCUUUGUAUGUAUACAAAAGUGCUUUUGCAGAAGACAUUCAACAUUCAGAGUCCAAUGAAGAAAUAUUUGGAGUUUUAUCUUUUGUGUUCUGGACAUUAACUUUAAUCCCACUUCUAAAAUAUGUGUUCAUAGUUCUCAGAGCUGAUGAUAAUGGUGAAGGAGGGACUUUUGCUUUGUACACAUUGUUAUGUCGUCAUGCUCGCGUCAGCACUUUGCCAAAUGGUCAGCUUGCUGAUGAAGAGCUUUAUGAGUACAGAAGAGAUGAAUUCGGGUCGGGUUCUAGAGAUAUCGGGUUGAGUUUGAAGUCAACUUUGGAGAAACAUAAAAUCUUGCAGAAAGGUUUGCUUGUUUUGGCUUUGCUUGGUACUUGUAUGGUCAUUGGUGAUGGCGUUUUAACUCCGGCAAUAUCCGUUUUCUCUGCUGUUUCUGGGCUGGAGCUUUCUAUAUCAAGAGAAUACCAUCAAUAUGUAGAAGUCCCGUUUGCUUGCAUCAUACUAGUGCUCUUGUUUUGCCUCCAACAUUACGGGACCCACCGUGUAGGAUUCUUGUUUGCACCUAUCGUGAUAACGUGGCUCCUGUGCAUCAGCACCAUCGGAAUUUACAACAUUUUUCAUUGGAACCCGCAAGUUUUUCAAGCGUUGUCGCCUUAUUACAUGUACAAGUUUCUAAAGAAAACGCGAACAGGAGGAUGGAAGUCGUUGGGUGGGAUCUUGCUGUGUAUAAUAGGCUCAGAGGCUAUGUAUGCUGAUCUUGGUCAUUUUUCCCAGUUGUCCAUUAAGAUGGCUUUUACCUUUGUGGUUUACCCUUCCUUGAUCCUUGCUUAUAUGGGCCAAGCCGCGUAUCUGUCAAAGCAUCACAUUCUCGAAACCGACUACCGAAUCGGUUUCUACGUAUCCGUCCCCGAAAAAAUAAGAUGGCCGGUUCUCGGAAUUGCAAUACUUGCAGCAGUUGUUGGAAGCCAAGCUAUCAUCACCGGGACGUUUUCGAUUAUCAAACAGUGCUCGGCAUUGGGUUGUUUCCCGAGGGUCAAAGUAAUCCACACGUCGCCUACUAAUAAGCACGGUCAAAUCUACAUCCCCGAGAUUAACUGGACUUUGAUGCUCCUAUGCUUAGCUGUCACAGUUGGUUUUCGUGACCUCAAACAUAUAAGCAAUGCAGCAGGUUUGGCGGUUAUUACGGUUAUGUUGGUGACAACCUGCCUAAUGUCACUUGUAAUGGUUCUAUGCUGGCGAAAAAGUGUUUUCUUAGCUCUCGGGUUUAUGUUCUUCUUUGGCUCAAUCGAAAUUAUAUACUUCUCAGCAUCCUUGAUCAAGUUUCGGGAAGGUGCGUGGGUCCCGGUCGUACUCUCGUGCAUCUUUCUAGUCAUCAUGUUCGUGUGGCACUAUGGAACGAUAAAAAAAUACGAGUUUGACGUUCAAAACAAAGUCUCGAUCAAUUGGCUCCUCAGCUUGGGCCCUACACUUGGCAUCAUGCGGGUCCGUGGAAUCGGGCUCAUUCACACUGAGCUCGUUUCCGGGAUUCCUGCCAUUUUCUCACACUUUGUAACGAACCUCCCGGCUUUUCACCAAGUUGUGGUGUUCCUCUGUGUGAAAUCCGUCCCCGUGCCUCACGUAAGGCCCGAGGAGCGGUUUCUUGUAGGAAGGAUUGGCCCAAAGGAAUAUAGAUUGUAUCGGUGCAUAGCCAGAUACGGGUACCGUGAUGUCAACAUGGAUGACGUGGAAUUCGAGAACGAUCUUAUUUGUAGUGUAGCCGAGUUCAUUCGUACGGAACGGGCCGAUGCCAUUGAAGGUAAUGGUGUUACUGAUGUAAGGGAAGACUCUGAUAAUGACGGGAGGAUGGCGGUUGUGGGGACCGCUUCCGUCAACUCAGAAGGCAGUAUAAGGAUGUGUGAGGAUGAGAACGGGUUUUCAUCGGAACUUCAAGAGAUAGCGGUGGCGGUGGCAUCACCGAGGCCAAGAAAGAGGGUGAGAUUCGUUGUACCCGAGAAUCCACAAAUUAACACGGGUGUGAGAGACGAGUUGAGGGAGUUGAUGGAAGCUCGUGAAGCCGGGUUAGCUUUUAUCCGCGGUCAUUGUUACGUGAAGGCGAAACGAGGCUCGAGUUUGAUGAAAAGAUUUGUGAUUAAUUUCGGGUAUGAUUUUUUACGAAGGAAUUCUCGAGGCCCAACAAACGCAUUGAGCUUCCCUCAAGCGUCUACGCUCGAGGUGGGGAUGGUGUACCAGGUUUAGUUACGAGUGUAUAUCAACGAUGAACGUGUAAAGAAGGCUAGUAGCAUCAAACGUUAUUUGUCGUGUAAGAUAUUGAGAUGUAUAAAUGCUGUAAUGAAGUGUGAUUUUUGUUAUGAUAAUAAAUGUGGUGGGCUUUUAGUCAUUGACAAUAGCCCUUAAAGGCAACAAA